CCUGACGAUCAGUCGCAUGUGAUAUGACAGAGAAAACAACAGGACGUGAGUUGGGUUGAGCUAAAAUUGUGUCUUUUUCGUGGGUGUGUAGUAGGUGUGUAUCAGGGAGGGCUCAGACUGUGGAGCACUAAUGAGUUGUGUUUAGGAGGGAGGAGCAAACAGUACGAACCGAAGUGUCACAGCAGCAACAGAGACGCUUUACUGGAGUUUAACAGGAGCAGGGUACAGAAUCAGUCUGUCUGGUCUCCUGGUUUUUACUGAAGAGUUGAUAACGACGUGAGAAGAGCUGCUGAACAGAUGCUGCAGUUUCUCCUCCAACCUCAGCUCUUAGUCCUGCAAACAAGAAGAUAAAAACGGAGAAAACAGCUAAAAGAGCCAUGUUUACCUUUAUGCCUCUCCUCCUCGUGCUUAUUCCACGUGUGUUUCUGUCUUCGACUCAUGUAGCAGUGAUAUCCCCUCAAGAUCCCGUCUUGCAGAUCGGCUCCUCUCUAACAGCUACAUGCACGCUGAAUCUUGAGCUCGGCCUCCACGCCGACUCGUUGUAUUGGACUCUGAACGGGGUGAUUCUGUCCAGCAGCACCUACAGUGUGCUGAGUCCUGCGGCCGUGAGUGUCACCCUUCACAGCCUCAACGGCUCGAAGCAGCAGUCUGGAGACAACUUGGUGUGUCACAGAGGAGAUGGACAAGUCCUGGCUGGCUCGUGUCUCUAUGUGGGCAUGCCUCCAGAAAAGCCUGUUAAUAUAACAUGCUGGUCCCGCAACACAAAAGACCUAAGUUGCAAGUGGAGCCCUGGGGGGCACGGUGAGACCCACAUCCGAACCAAAUACGCCCUCAAGUACAAAUUGAGGUGGUAUGGCAAGGAGAAGCAGUGUGAAAAUUACGGCACAGGGAAGAAGCAUUACUUCUGCUACAUUCCCCGCAACCUCGCCCUCUUUACGCCAUAUGAGAUCUGGGUGGAGGCAGCCAAUCAGCUGGGCUCUGCCACCUCUGAGAUCACCACCCUGGACAUCCUUGACGUAGUAACCACAGACCCUCCUGCCAACGUGCAGGUGAGCCGUGUCGGCGACCUCGAGGACCAGCUGACAGUCCGCUGGGCCAGCUCCCGGGAACUCAAGGACGUUCUGUUUCAAGCCAAAUACCAGAUCCGCUACAGACUUGAGGACAGCACAGACUGGAAGGUGGUGGACAAUGUUGGUAACCAGACAUCAUGCCGGCUGGCAGGCCUCCGUCCUGGGACUGUCUAUUUUGUCCAGGUGAGGUGCAAUCCAGUGGGCAUCUAUGGCUCCAGGAAGGCUGGCAUCUGGAGUGACUGGAGCCAUCCAGCCGCUGCCUCCACACCCAGCAGUCAGCAUUUGCAGAGCGGUUCCUGUGAUAUAAAGCCCAGCGAGCAGAACUCCACCCUGCGGCGGGAACUCAAGCAGUUCUUUGGCUGGGUCCGUAAGCACGCGCAGGGCUGCAGCGGCAUGUCAAUCAAACUGUACGAUCAGUGGAGGGUGUGGCUGCAGAAAUCACACAAUACACGCAACCAGAUUUUACAAGAAGAUAAUUCAUAGCAUCACAGCUCAGGAUCACUGUGGUGUUUAAUUCAAGAACAGAUUACUGGCCCUGUGGGUCCCAGCUGUGUGAGAGGUCCAAUGCCUCGCCUGAAGGAAACCGCAAUGCUCGCUCAUAAAGCCUUAACUUCAGUUUAAAGGGCCCGGGUGGAAGAUAACUGAAGUUAGACAAUGCAGCCUUUUUCUGCUGUUUAUGCUGGCCAGAUCGUUCUGUUAGAUCUGUUUACAAGAAAAAGUUACAUUCAGAGCCUUAGAAACUGUACUUCAGUUUAAUAAAACAAAGUCAGCACAACAGAU